AUGUCAGACGCCUUAACCACUUGGCUACCGCGGUCCUCGACUCUGUUGUAACACCGAUACAGAAAGCUAAUUGAAGGCUACACAUAUAUGAAACAGACUAUAACUAAAAAUCAUCCAUGUGUACCUUUUGAUAUGCACCGAUUUUAACGUCUCGUUGAAUUAAACAAAUCUGUUUUCCAGUCAAAACAAUUCCGUGUGUCUACCCGUGUGCUCGGUGACGGUUCGGAACAAAACGUGGUUAUAUAUAAAGAUAUAAACGAGGAUGAAUGACAGAGAGCACAUCGCUGAAACCGUUGAUCUGGUAACAAAAGAAAAUACUAACCAAGUUUGUAUAUCACAGUCUGAGUCGGACAAUGGUGAUGAGACUGGAGAGCCUCAAAGAGGGCACUGGGCAAACAAAGUCGACUCGUUUCUGUCCCUGCUCGGAUACUGUGUUGGCUAUGGAAACAUAUGGCGGUUUCCAUAUUUUUGCAUGCGAAAUGGAGGAGGGCCUUUCCUUGUUGCCUUUCUUUGCAUCUUGGUCCUAUGUGGAAUUCCUACGUACUUUUUAGACCUAGUGAUGGGACAGUUCUCAGGGAAAACCUCACUCCACGCGUGGCAAAUAUGUCCAUUGCUGCAAGGCAUUGGUGCAUCGGCCCUCCUCGUCCUGUUCGUUAUAAACACUUACUACAAUCUGAUCAUAGCCUGGACAAUUUUUUACUUGGGAAGCGCCUUCCUUGUACCGUUACCAUGGACAUCCUGUGAUAACAGUUGGAACACGGCGGACUGUAUCAACAACAGAACAAUGGAAUUGGUGUCCCCGUUUCAUAAUGGUUCUUCUUUGACCGCGUACCAUUCUACAAACCAAUCAAAUGCUGAUGAACUGUCCGAAUAUGUAAUCGAAAGAAAUUUGACAUUGUCUAAAAAGAUGGUCACUUCUGAAGAGGAGUUCUGGCGGUAUCGACUUCUAGAGAUAUCAUCUGGUAUCGAGGAUAUAGGUGGGAUGCCUUGGCAUCUAGCGGUGUGUUUCCUGGGAGCCUGGUUAUUAACGUUUUUCAGUUUGAUCCGAGGUGUCCGAUCUUCAGGCAAGGUGGUGUACGUCACUGCCCUGCUACCUUACGUCAUUCUCACAGCGAUUCUCAUCAGGGCUGCACUCCUCCCGGGGGCCGGGGACGGCAUCCUCUAUUUCAUCACACCUAACCUACACAAGCUUGUGGAACCACAGGUGUGGUUGGAAGCUUCCCUACAGGUGUUUUACUCCCUGGGGCCGGGAUGGGGGCCUCUGAUCACCCUAUCCAGCUACAACCAUUUUCAUAACAACUGCUUCAGAGAUUCCAUCCUGAUGGUGUUUAUCAGCGAGGGGACCAGUAUCUAUGGAGGGUUUGUUGUGUUUGCUGUCCUAGGAUACAUGGCCCAUGAAACAGGAAUGCACAUAUCCGAUGUCGUUACAUCAGGACCCGGCCUCGUGUUCAUGACUUACCCAGAGGCCCUCUCACAUCUUCCACUCCCCAAUGUGUGGACAGUUCUAUUCUUCCUAAUGAUGCUCACCGUUGGAAUGGACAGUCAGCUAUCUUGUGUUGAGACCGUAAUAUCAGCCGUGAUGGACCAGUUCCCCACUCUUCGACGGAGACGAGUCCUCGUACAGGGUGUUGGCUGUAUAUUGUGGUACUUUUUAGGACUGAUUCUAUGUACACAGGGAGGAAUAUAUGUGUUUGUUGUGUUGGACUGGUACAUUGCCUUUGGUGUUCCCAUGCUUGCUUUCAUUGAGUGCGUCAUCAUUGGUUGGAUAUACGGAGCUGAACGAUUCUCUCGUGAUGCAGAGUUAAUGCUAGGAAGGGGAAUUCCAGUCCUAAUGAGGAUAGCGUUGACUUUCAUCGCCCCGAGCAUACUUCUGACAAUCGCUGUUUCCACCGUAGCAACAUACAAACCUCCCACGUAUGGUAAAUACAAGUUUCCGUACUACAUAACUAUAUUUGGCUUCCUACUUGGGCUGUCGACACUUGUACCUGUCAUCGUUGGAGCGGUCAAAGCGAUACGGAGUUCUCAAGGAAAAACAUUCCUCAAGAGGGUUGUAAAUGCAAGCAAACCAUCAGAAAACUGGAAACCAGCCUCACGUAAACAUGCCCGAGAUUAUACAUACGAUGAGCUUAGUAACUAUAAAAGCUUCUACAGCAGAAUGAAGCUAAAUAUUUUUGGACCAGGAAACACGGAAAAGUGGAUUUGACACUGGAACUUUAGAACGCAUCAUACCAAGUAACCUCGGAGUCCUGAAACUUAUCAGUCAGGAUUUAUCAAAGCUAGUCAUGAAAGAAUAGCCAGUUAUUCAUGCAUAUGUACAGUUUUUCGAGUGAUACGGGGUUCCUGAUAUAAUCAACCUGACUAGGUAAUAUGAGAUAUUUUUGUUUCUAAAAAAGAAAUAUAUGACAAACUAUAUUUAUUCAGAUAUUGCAUAUUUCUCUUGUAUCGGUCGAUAUCUUUUUCAGAAUCUGACGAAAAUAUUACGGAAUUAAAAUACUCGACGAUAGGCAUAUUUCAUAUAUUUCAUUUCAUAAUGGUGAAUUCAAAUAUACUGCAUUUUGUUUAUGUCAUCCGAAAUAUCAUUUUUAAGUUUUUCUUCUGGUAUGAGCUUCGAUCUAAUAUUUCUAUAAGAUCUCGCUGUCGAUGUUUACGAUGAUGAUCUGUGCAUGUGAGAGUAUGUAGGGAUGUCCUGUUCAUGUAUAUUUAAAACAUACAUUAUUGAGGAGAGAAAAAAAUAAAGCACAAACUUAUAUAUGUUCAUUUUUUCACAGAUUAAACAUCCAACAAAUGGCAGCAUGUAUACUACCUAUCAAUGAUAAUCUAUGGAGUAGAAAGUAGUGGACCACGUGAUAGGGUAAUUUUGUGAAUUGUUUUAUGCUAGCGAAGAACUAUACCGACAAGAUUUGGAACAUUUUUUUAACGGGGUGAUCUUAUUUACAAAUAUAAUAUUUUCGCAAAAGUUAAUAGCAAACUAGUCCAGUCCUAACUUAGCACUUUAUGUGAUUACUAACUAUACGACCUAAGUUCUGCAAAAAUAAAUCUCACGAAUUUGAUCAUUUAUAUCAGGUAUCGCAAGGGGGGGUAAACAUUAUUUUCUUGCCAUUCGGUGAAUGUAGUUGUUAAAUCGGUGAGCUAUAAAAUAACCUUGUAAUCCCGUAUUUGUAUAUGAUAUAUCUUUUCUUGGAAUUGUAACCACACCCGCAUAAGAGCGGUAAAAUAUCCAUAGAUACACGAAAUAUAUCCCGCUUACAAUCAGAGGGGGUGAUAUGUGAAGAUACCAGAUGACAUUUGGAAAGAUUUUACAGUGAGAGAGGUACAGAGAGAGAAUAACGAAGUGUCAACAAAACCAUAAUUCACAACUAGAAAUCGGUUAACUAGAGCAAAGGAUAAACAAAGGAAAUAGUAAAAUGGAGACACUUAAAAGUACAAGGAGAAUUAGACAAUGUGUUCCGGAAGGGUAAGCGUUUUCUGCUUCACCGACAACACCCGCCAUGUAAAUCUAGGUCAAAGCAUCGACCUUCAUAUCACGCAAAGAGAAAAAGACAUAUCUUAUCGUUUAUGGGGACUAAUGUAGUGCCCCUGUAUGUAUUGUUUAUAAACAACCUUUUCCAAUUCACCCUAAAGAGACAUUAUUUGCAUACUCUUCUUUAAACCUCCUCUUUUGUUAAAUUCAACUGCUACAAACAAAACAAAAACCCACAAGGUUCUUAAAAUAUUUGUAAAUCCUCUUUGCAUUAUUAUUUUCUAAGUAUGAAACGUAUGAUACCAAACUAAUCCAUGAAAAUAACCAUCAUGUUUACACGUAGCUUCCUUGUCCAGCACACAUACCUACAUACCUACAUUACACACAUGGCGGUGCGUCCUUUAAUGAACUUAGCUGUUGAUAGGACGUUUAACCAUUUAAAACCAAACAUUCAAAUAGAAAACGCAGCAUAUUGUAUCUUUUCUGGCGAUAGCUAUAUCUAAUACUUAUUUAAAAAUAUUAUUUCUGUUAACUCUCUCUUUGAACUACAACAUUUUAGACCAAACAUCUGAAUACAAGCACAAUUUAUAUGUUGCCAAACAAUAAAUCAAUUAUGCGUCGGGUUAUGUAACAAUGACAGUUGUUUUAAGAACAUCUUAUCGUUUUAUCUCUUGUUGUACAACUUAUCUUGGUAUGCUAAGGAAACUUGUCAUAAACAGUAAACCAAGGAUUUAAUGUAAAGGUCGAUCAACAAACUAUGAAAAACAUUGCAUCUUCUAAACACAUGAUCAACCAGAAAUCGAUCACGAUGAUAUUUGCUAGUCCACAAAGUCUAAAACCUUCUUUUAUAGGAAAAUGAAAAACACCCGAUACUGAAGUGUAAACAAACCGAUAAAUUGAACUCAAAAUCAAUGAAACUGGGGCAAAAUAUGAACUAAGUGAAGAUUUUAACGGAGUUCCUAAAGAAGCAUAAGGAAAAUAAGGACAAGAUGUUCUGGAAGGUUAAGCAUAUUCUGUGUCUAUGGUUAUUGAUGAUACCUGCAGUAGGCAUAUAUUUGACAGACCGAGAUGACGUUAGAAUUGGCUGUAAAACAUCAACUUUUCUGAUUGACAUAUCAGUUUAUUUGAUUGACAGCUGAUGAUUUGACAUUUACAGAUAUCAUUCACUAAUCGUUUUGUCGAUAUUACGUGGCUUUUUAAGAAGUUAUGUAAUACAUGUAUUGUCUUAAAUGAUUUAAUCCAGUAGUAUUCACACUUGAGUGGUUCCUGUUCAUAUUUUACUAUUGAUUAUUCAUGUUUAGAUGGAUGUUGCACGCAUAAAAGAACCUUUUUCAUUGCUUUAAUCCCAUGAUCAUACACCAUAUGGAUCAGUAAAUAUUGAUGGUCCCAGAUGUGAUACCAUCUUUCUUUUCCUGUAACCGUCUACAUGUUAUAAUAUUCCGUAUAAGUGUUUUGUAUCCUAAUUCCUAAAAGACACACUGGAGCAAUUAAGUUAAAUAUAGAUCUGAAAGAGAAUUCAUUCUAGUGAAUUAUUUCUAAG